UCAAAGAAUCGACUCCAAAGGAAUCCUCCUUGGUUCAUAUAGAACCCCAGAAGAUAGAAGAGGAACAGAAAGUUGAACAAGAUUUAAUAUGUGAAUUACUUGAAUUUAUUAGAUAUCAUAAUUCUACAUACUUACCGAAUUCUAUAUCUAGCAAACACAUUCCAGAUAUUCUAGUUGAUGCUGACCUAACUCCAGGUUCUGUAUCCCAUUUAGCACAUUUAUUUAACAAGGCUGAAAAAACUAUCUGGAUCGAAAAAAUGCCAGAUGUCAGGAUAGGCACUCUUCAGACUUCAAAAACCAAUAAGACUAAU